AUGCUUCCAAAACCUAGUGGAAUAAACAAGACUACCGAAGAACUUUCCAGCAAAUCGGAUAAGGACUCGAUUUGCCCACACAUUUCCAGCACCUUCCAAACCAAAUUUCUAUAUAAAUUGCACAUUUCACCCCAAUUCUCAUCAUCAUCAAUCACAAUUCAAAGCUUCUCCCAUUACGCAAUCAAAAGGCAAACAUAUCAAAACCCCAAUUCGAAAAGCAAGAAAUACGGCAAAAUGAAGGCAGUGGUGGACAAGAAGAACGAAAAGGCGACGAUUCGGGCCGAGUGUCGGGCCGAUGAGGGCCGAAAGCACCUGGAGAAGGUGGAGCUGAAGACUCGCGACGCGGACACGGUCAAGUACGUGGAGAAGAAGCUCGCCGACAAGGGGGUGGGGCGGCUGGACCGCCACCCGGCCGACGGCCUCCCGCUCAAGCACGACCCCAAGAAGGGGCACGGCGGGAAGUACACGUGGGAGGGGCCGGCCGAGGAGUACGAGGCCGAGCUGGGGGCCGAGCCGGCGCUGGACAAGGGGGAUCCGAACUACGUGGAGGAGGAGGAGGAGGAGGGGAAGGAGGAGGCGGCGGCGGCGGCUGAGCUGGUGGUGGGGGAGGUGGAAGUGGCGAAGGCGGCAGGGGAAGGGGUGGCGCGAAUUGAGGUUGAUCCUCAGUUGAAGGUGGACUGA